CCCCGCCCCCGGGUAGCGUUGGCCGCCCCAAGGCCGGCGGGGUCAAGUUCCUUUAGGGCGCUGGGGAAAGGCCACAGCUCAGGUGCUGCCACGCGAGGGCUUUUGGGCAGACAACAGCCAAUCCUCCAGAGGCAUACACGAGCCCCAGCCAAUCAGCGCCCGUCUUAUUCCUGGGUCCCGCCCAGGCCGGCCUUCUCUCCCUGCUCGGCUUCCCGGCGCCCACAGUCGCGGCUGUAGGUGCAGCCGCCUCCGGAGCUGACCCGGGCCUGGGGACCGGCUUCCGCUGGCGCCGUUCGGUUUCUUCUGCUGCUUUCACUGAGGAUGAGUCUCUGCGCGGCCGUAUGCCCACCCCGUGGAGACCACCGGCGCAUUUUCAUCUAGCGACUGGUCACCCUUGCAAUUAUGGAUAUUUAGAAGGAUCAGACAGUGUGGAGGGGGAGUUCCCCUCCUCACUCCCCCUUGGUGCUUGACUCCAGGAAUAAUUUAUAAACUGUUGAAAGUUUUUUUUUAAAUAAAGGACUUGUAUUUGAUAAAAAAAACUUUAUAGAGCUAUUUAUAAUUUUUUGAUUUAAGUGCCAAAUAAUUGUACACAUCUAUAUAGUUUUAUACUGUUGGCUCGAGGAUUUAAAUUAUAAUCCUGAACAGGCCAUUUAUUCUCUAUAAAACUUUCUGAAUAGCACCUUCAUGUCCUGGCUUUUUCAUUUUUUAAAAAUUAUCUGACUCUUCUGAAGAAGUAAGCUGUAUAACAACAAUUAGGAUGAAUUCUUCCAUCCCUGACUGCACAUCAAAGUGUCGAUCCCUGAAGCAUGCUUUAGACGUCCUUUCUGUGGUAACCAAGGGGAGUGAAAACCAGAUUAAGGCCUUUCUCUCCAGUCACUGUUACAAUGCUGCAACCAUCAAGGAUGCCUUUGGCAGAAAUGCCCUCCACCUUGUUUCCUCCUGUGGAAAGAAAGGAGUGUUAGAUUGGCUCAUUGAGAAAGGAGUGGAUCCUUUGGUCAAAGACAAGGAGUCAGGAUGGACAGCUUUGCACAGAAGCAUUUUUUAUGGACAUAUUGAUUGUGUUUGGUCUCUAUUGAAGCAUGGCGUUAGUCUGUAUAUUCAAGAUAAAGAAGGCUUGUCAGCUUUGGAUCUUGUAAUGAAGGAUAGACCAACUCACGUGGUAUUCAAAAAUACUGAUCCUACAGAUGUCUACACUUGGGGAGAUAAUACAAAUUUCACCCUGGGUCACGGAAGCCAGAAUAGCAAAUAUCACCCGGAAUUGGUGGAUCUGUUCUCCAGGAGUGGGGUUUAUAUCAAGCAGGUGGUGCUUUGUAAAUUUCACUCGGUGUUUCUGUCUCAGAAAGGGCAGGUUUAUACCUGUGGUCAUGGUCCUGGAGGACGUUUAGGCCAUGGAGAUGAACAGACAUGCUUGGUCCCUAGGCUUGUGGAAGGACUGAGUGGUCAUAAUUGUUCUCAAGUGGCAGCUGCUAAGGAUCAUACUGUUGUACUAACUGAAGAUGGAUGUGUUUAUACGUUUGGUCUAAACAUUUUUCAUCAGUUAGGAAUCAUUCCUCCACCUUCCAGUUGCAGUGUACCUAGACAGAUGCAAGCAAAAUAUCUGAAAGGAAGGACGAUCAUUGGGGUAGCAGCGGGCAGGUUUCAUACAGUGCUAUGGACUAGAGAAGCUGUUUACACUAUGGGACUAAAUGGUGGACAACUGGGUUAUUUACUAGAUCCCAAUGGAGAAAAAUGUGUAACUGUUCCUCGUCAAGUCUCUGCCCUUCAUCAUAAGGACAUCGCUCUGUCUUUGGUUGCUGCCAGCGAUGGGGCCACUGUCUGUGUCACCACAAGGGGAGAUAUUUACUUACUUGCAGACUAUCAGUGCAAGAAGAUGGCUUCUAAACAACUAAACUUGAAAAAGGUUCUUGUAUCUGGGGGGCAUAUGGAAUACAAGGUUGAUCCUGAACAUUUGAAAGAAAAUGGGGGUCAGAAAAUUUGUAUUCUUGCAAUGGACGGAGCUGGAAGGGUAUUUUGCUGGAGAUCAGUCAGCAGUUCUCUGAAGCAGUGUCGAUGGGCCUAUCCACGCCAAGUCUUCAUUUCUGAUAUUGCUUUAAGUAGAAAUGAAAUUCUUUUUGUCACACGAGAUGGAGAGGGAUUUAGAGGGAAAUGGUUUGAAGAAAAAAGAAAGAGUUCUGAAAAGAAAGAGAUUUUAUCAAACCUUCAUAAUGCCUCACCAGAUGUAUCUUGUGUCUCUGAUAUAAAUAGUGUAUAUGAAAGAAUUCGACUUGAGAAACUAACUUUUGCUCAUAGAGCUGUUAGUGUCAGCACAGAUCCAAGUGGAUGCAACUUUGCAAUCUUGCAGUCAGAUCCUAAAACAAGCCUUUAUGAAAUUCCAGCUGUGUCCUCAUCCUCCUUUUUUGAAGAGUUUGGCAAACUGCUGAGGGAAACAGAUGAAAUGGAUAACAUCCAUGAUGUGACAUUUCAAGUUGGCAAUAGAAUCUUCCCUGCACAUAAAUAUAUUUUGGCAGUGCGUUCUGACUUUUUCCAGAAAUUGUUUCUUUCAGAUGGUACUACUUUAGACUUUACAGAUGUUUACCGGAAAGAUGAAGAUUCUGCAGGGUGCCAUCUCUUUGUGGUAGAGAAGGUUCACCCUGACUUGUUUGAAUACCUUUUACAAUUUAUAUACACAGAUACUUGUGACUUUUUAACUCAUGGCUUCAAACCAAGAAUAAAUUUAAACAAAAAAACAGAAGAAUAUCAGGGCACUCCAAAUUCUCAUUUGAAUGAAAUGAAUUCCCACGAAGAUAAUCAGAAGACAGCAUUUGAAGUUUACAAAAAUAAUCAAGCUCAUACAAUUAGUGAAAAGCAGAAAAGCAAAUCCAGAUCUUCCAAAAAAGUGAAAAAUGUUGGGGAAGAUGACCCUGUAAGAAUGUUGCAAAAUGUUGCAAAGAGAUUUGGUUUCAGUAAUUUGAGUAGUAGGUUAGAUGGAGUCAGAUUUGAAAAUGAAGAAAUUAAUGUAAUUGUCAAGAAAACUGGUAAUAAACAAAAGCUAAGUCAGAAAAAAUGUUCGUUUCUAUGUGAUGUGACCAUGAAAUCAGUGGAUGGAAAGGAAUUCCCUUGUCAUAAGUGCGUUCUUUGUGCUAGACUUGAAUAUUUUCAUAGUAUGCUGAGUAGCUCAUGGAUUGAGGCUUCCAGUUGUGCUGCUCUGGAAAUGCCAAUACAUUCUGACAUACUGAAAGUUAUUUUGGACUACCUCUAUACUGAUGAAGCUGUGGUGGUAAAAGAAUCUCAAAAUGUGGAUUUUGUUUGUAGUGUUCUUGUGGUGGCUGAUCAGCUUCUCAUAACGCGAUUAAAAGAGAUCUGUGAAGUAGCAUUAAGUGAAAAACUCACCCUUAAGAAUGCUGCUAUGCUCCUGGAAUUUGCAGCAAUGUAUAAUGCUGAACAAUUGAAACUGUCUUGUUUACAGUUUAUAGGACUGAAUAUGGCAGCUUUACUUGAAGCAAGGUCCCUUGAUGUUUUAAGUGAUGGUGUUUUGAAGGAUCUUUCUUUGUAUUACCGAAAAAUGAUUCCAGCAAUGGAUAGAAGAGUCAUUACACCAUAUCAAGAUGGACCAGAUAUUAGCUAUUUGGAUGUAGAAGAUGGUGAUGUCUUUUUGAAAGAAGAAAUAAACUUGGAACAAAAUUAUUCGGAAAGUAUGUUCAAGAAGACAAAAACAAAAGCAAAAAAGAAGCCACGUAAGCGAUCAGAUAGUUCUGGAGGUUAUAACCUUUCAGAUAUUAUUCAGAGUCCACCAUCUACAGGAUUAUUAAAGUCUGGUAAGACCAAUUCUGUAGACUCUCUUCCAGAACUGUUGACAUCAGACUCUGAAGGAAGCUACGCCGGAGUGGGUAGUCCUAGAGAUUUACAGUCCCCUGAUUUCACAACAGGAUUUCAUUCAGAUAAGAUUGAGGGGAAAAGUAAAUCAUAUGUUAAUGGUACGCCUCCUGCAUAUUUUCGGGAAGAUUUAAAACCAUGGGAAAAAUCACCAGUACUUAAAAUAUCUGCUCCACAGCCCAUUCCCAGUAACAGAAUUGACACUACCAGCUCUUCCAGUUGGGUUUCUGGGUCUUUCAGUCCUGUCAGCCCUCCUGUCAUGGACCUCAGAACCAUCAUGCAAAUUGAAGAAAGCAGACAAAAGUGUGGAGCUACACCAAAGACAAAUCUGGGAAAAAUGAUUUCCCAUGGAGUUAAACUUUCUCAGAAGCAACGAAAAAUGAUUGCAAUGACUACCAAAGAGAAUAAUUCAGGAAUGAAUAGCAUGGAAACAGCUUUCACUGCUCCUUCAAGAGCCCCCAAACCAGCAAAUGCAUGGGCUUCUUCUCCACAUUCAGUUUCAUCCAAGUCAUUCCGGGAUUUCAUAGUAGAAGAAAAAAUUGUUACUGGCCAUAGUUCAGGAGAUCAUGUCAAAAAAGUGUGUUUUAAAGGAAUUGAAAAUUCCCAGGCUCCAAAAGUUGUAAGAUGCUCUACUCAUGGUACCCCAGGACCAGAAGGCAACCAUAUUUCGGAUGUGCCACUUGUAGACAGUCCCAACCCCUGGCUGUCGUCUUCACUGACUGCUCCUUCUGUGGUGGCACCAGUCACUUUUGCAUCUAUUGUAGAAGAAGAACUACAACAGGAAGCAGCUCUUAUUAGAAGUCGGGAAAAACCCUUGGCUUUGAUUCAGAUUGAGGAGCGCGCGAUACAGGAUUUACUGGUUUUCUAUGAGGCGCUUGGCAACCCUGAUGAGUUCGUUGUCGUUGAGAGGACACCGCAGGGGCCACUGGCGGUGCCCAUGUGGAAUAAGCGUGGGUGCUAGUUCACCGUGGAGCUGAGAUACAUUUUUCAUGGAUUGUGAUUGUUACAAAGAAAUGCUGUGGAAAAAGUGUUCCUACAAAUUUGGUAACAGAUCAUUCUAGGUAGAGUAAGAAAGAAUCUAAUUUCUUUACUGCAGUUUAAGCAUAUUAUGUUUGUAUGAUUACAAAGAAAUUCCUCAGAAUUGUGAUCUUAGUAACUUUUUAUGUAAAAGUGUGUGAGGAAAAACUUUAGGUUGAGUUUAAUAGAAUUAUUCUAAGUAAUCUUAAAAGGAAAACAUGAGUGAUUGCAGUGUAAAAUUUAAGAGUGAUGCAUUAAAAAUAACUUUCUUUUUGAGAAUGUGGGAUAAAUAAUUUAGAAGAUUUUUGCCAAAUAUCUGUUGUCGCUCUUCUUUUUUUUAAUGUGACACUGAUGCGCAUACAGUAGAAGCAUCGAUUACUUCUGAUGCAUUAUGGCCAGCAUUGUGUGUUUGCUACAGGAGUUAUGUCUCCAUUUGAGUCUUUUCAUCAGGCUAUGAACGUUCUAAGUCUGUUUAAAGCUUGAAUGCCAUACUUCAGUUUGAACAGCACAUUCUCCAUUUUGCAUUAAACUAUGGAAUAUGGUGGAAAGGAAAUAAGAACACUUUUCUGAAUAGCCUAUUCCAAGAUGAUAGUUCUUCUAUAAGACGUGGAGUUAUUAUGGGGAGAAGGAGGCCUUAUAAAAGCCUAAUUGUGAGAGAAUCAUUUUGUUAAAGUGUUAAAGCUUUUUAAAAUAAAUGCUUAAUUAUAUGUACAAGAAUUGAAUAGUCUGGAAGAAGAUUGGUGUAUACCUUUACAAUGUUACAUAAUCAGAAAUUCCCUGAACCUGGGUUGUAUGAAUAGACAUAGACAUUGUUUUCUUUACAGUGUGCUGUUUGGGUUGUUUUUGAGUGGUUCAGUUUUGUUUUUUUUAAUUGUUAAGCCUGUGCUCCUAGUACAUGGACAGAUUGGGAAGGUUAAUGUUGUAGUUUCUGGGACAUAAUAAGCCUAGGAGAACAUACAGGCAAAUCACUGCUAUCAUCAGGAUAAUGGAAAUACGGCUGAAACUAACUCAACACUUGAGCUUUAGCUCCACCCAAGAGCAGCAAACUUGUAAGCAAAUGUGCAAUAAAAAAUCAUUUUGACCCAUUUC